AUGCAUCUGUCCAAGGGGGAUUUUGUGUGGGUGGACACAGGGGUCGGGGUGCCCAUCGGGGCGCAGGUGAAGUUGACCGACACCGGGCAGCUUCAGCUCAUCGAUGAUGAAGGAAAGGAGCACAAGCUCAGCAAGAAGACAGAGGGCGCUCUCCGGCCCAUGCACCCCACCUCGGUCCAGGGUGUGGAUGACAUGAUCAGACUGGGGGACCUCAACGAGGCGGGGCUCCUCAGGAACCUCCUGAUGCGACACAAGGAUGGCAUUAUUUAUACGUACACAGGUUCCAUCCUGGUGGCGGUCAACCCCUACCAGCUGCUGCCGCUCUACACCACGGAGCACGUGCACAUGUACACGGACCGGCGUCUGGGCGAGCUGCCGCCACACGUCUUUGCCAUCGCGGACAGCUGCUUCUUCAAAAUGCGCCGUGACCGCAGGAACCAGUGCUGCGUCAUCAGUGGAGAGUCAGGAGCAGGCAAGACUGAGAGCACCAAGCUCAUGCUGCAAUUCCUGGCGGCAGUGAGUGGCCAGCAUUCCUGGAUCGAGCAGCAGAUCCUGGAGGCCAACCCCAUCUUAGAAGCCUUUGGUAAUGCAAAAACCAUCCGCAACGACAACUCCAGCCGUUUUGGGAAGUACAUUGAUAUCAACUUCACCAAAGGUGGUGCCAUCGACGGGGCUCGCAUUGAGCAGUACCUGCUGGAGAAGUCCAGAGUUUGUCGCCAGGCGCCCGAGGAGCGAAACUACCAUGUUUUUUACUACAUGCUGAUGGGAAUGACGGCUGAGCAGAAGAAGAUUCUGUCACUUGGGAGCGCCGCCCAGUACAACUACCUAACCAUGGGCAAGUGCACCAGCUGUGAAGGUCGUGACGACGUGAAGGAGUACGCUCACUUCCGCUCAGCUCUGAAGAUCCUCAUGUUCACCGAGAACGACACCUGGGAGAUCUGCAAGCUGCUUGCAGCUAUCCUGCACUUUGGGAAUGUCAGCUUUGAGGGAACGAUAGUGAACAACCUGGAAGGCUGCGACGUCCUUGCCUCGUCGCAUUUCGACAUGGCCAGCCAGCUCUUGGAGGUGGACCCUAAAGUGCUGGAGAAGAGCCUGACUCAGCGCUCCUUCAUGACCAUCAGAGAGAGCGUGACCAAAGUGCUGACCUCUGCCCAGGCUGUGGACGGCAGGGACGCCUUUGUCAAAGCUAUUUAUGGCCGUCUUUUCAUUUGGGUGGUGGACAAAAUCAAUGGUGCCAUUUACAAGCCGCCCCCGGAGGACUCCAGUGAGGUCAGACAGUCCAUUGGCCUCCUUGACAUCUUCGGCUUUGAGAACUUCAGUACAAACAGCUUCGAGCAGCUCUGCAUCAACUAUGCCAACGAGCAGCUGCAGCAGUUCUUUGUCCGGCACGUGUUCAAGCUGGAACAGGAGGAGUACGCCCGGGAGAGCAUUGUUUGGGAGCGCAUCGACUACAAAGACAACCAGGACACGCUGGACGUGCUUGCCAACAAGGCCCUCAACAUACUGGCUCUCAUUGACGAGGAGAGCAACUUCCCCAAGGGCACAGACACUACCAUGCUGCAGAAAAUAAACCAGGUCCACGGGAAGGGGAGCGUCUAUAUCUCCCCUAAGAACAACUACGAGACACAGUUUGGAGUCAAUCACUUUGCUGGUGUGGUCUACUACGACUCCAAAGGUUUCCUGGAGAAGAACCGUGAUGCCCUCAGCCCGGAUCUCAUCCAGCUGGUAGAGAUGUCCACCAACAAACUCCUCAAGCAGGUCUUUCACACCGAGCUGGAGUCCGGAAUGACCAAGAGUGGUGGAAACCCGCGGAUGGUCAUCAACACCACCAAGAACACGCUGCGGCAAGCAAACGACGGCAAGAAGCGUGUGCCGACGCUAACCGGUCAGUUCCGUCAGUCCCUGGACUCCCUGAUGAAAACCCUGACGGCGUGUCAGCCGUAUUUCAUACGCUGCAUCAAGCCAAAUGACUACAAGAAGCCCAUGCUCUUUGACAGAGAGCUGUGCCUGCGUCAGCUCCGUUACUCUGGCAUGAUGGAGACCAUCAGGAUCCGGAAAGCCGGCUAUCCUGUGCGUUACACUUUUGACGAAUUCCUCGACCGCUACAGAGUUCUCCUGAAAACCUACGUCUGUGACCCCCAUAAGGAAAGCAAGGAGAAGUGCUGUGAGAGCAUUUGUGAGUCUGUGCUGAGUGGAGAGGGCGACUGGAAGACCGGAAAGACCAAGAUCUUCCUCAAGGACAUCCAUGACACCAUGCUGGAAGUGGAGCGGAUGAAAGAACUCCAUGCAAAAGCACUUUUGAUCCAAAAGGUUCUGCAAGGCUACAGAUACAGGAAAGAGUUCCUGAAGAAGAAAGCGGGCGCUCUCGUCAUUCAGAAAUACUGGAGAGGACACAAAGGGAGAAAACUCUACCGAGUGGUUCAGAAGGGCUUCGCAAGGCUGCAGGCCCAGGUCCGCUCUCGCCAACUCCACUUGCAGUACAAGAGAAAGCGGCAGGCCACCAUCGUGCUGCAGGCCCAAGCGCGAGGGUACCUGGCCAGGAAGGGAUGGAAACGGAAGAGAGACGCCGUGGUGCUCCUGCAGGCGCACACCAGAGGCCUGCUGGCCAGGAAGGCGCUCAGAAAGAUGAAAAGAGACAUGUAUCUCUCGGCCAAAGAGAAGGAAGCGGAACAGAGAGCCAUCUUGGAGAGACAGAAGCAUUUGGAAGAAGUGUUGAAGCAGAAGAAAGAGAUGGAGGCCAGAGCCCAGUCCGAAUCCAUCACCGACCAGGAGGUGGACAACAUCUUUGGCUUCCUACCAACUAUGGUCGGAGGGCAGGAGGGGCAGGCGCCUGAAGGAUUUGAGAACUUGGAGAGCAAGAGGGUUCUUCUGGAGGAGAUUGACAUUGACGACUUCCCCAUCGAGGAAGAUCUGCCCAAAGAUGACGACGACCUCGAUGAGUACCCUUUCUCCAAGUUUGCAUCCAUGUACUUCCAGGGCGCAGCAUCGCCUGAACACAUCCGUCAAAGGCUGCGGCAUCCACUGCUUCACCACGAGGAUGAAGGAGACGUCUUGGCUUCACUGACAGUCUGGUGGAUCAUUCUGAGGUUCAUGGGAGAUCUUCCUGAGCCAAAGAAGCAAUUCCAUGUGCAGGAGCGCUCCUCGCAGGACCGCUUUAUCACCCAGGACGUGAUGGAAAGAAAGGACAGACGCCUCAGCCACAUGGUGGGCUUGGAUCAGCGGAUUCUAAGGAAUAAAAAAGUUGUGCAGCCUUCCCCUGUCCAGGAGGAGUCGACACAAAACAGAAAAAGUUCCAUCUUCACAGACCUCCUGUCCAGGAACAAAAGACCUGCUCCGGAUGAGGUGGCCCCAAAGCCCAAGAUAUACACUGUCCCUGAAGGAAGCCCUCGCACAAGGAAAGGGUCCACCUUCACAGACAUGCUGUCCAGGAGCAGAAAAACAUCGACUGUUCAAGAAAACGGAGUCGCCAGAUCAUCCUCCCGAUCUUCUUCCAGAUCAUCUUCCACAUCAUCCAGCUUCCGGAAGCCCUCUGUCAUCAUGGAGGAGGAUCAGCCCGAGGUGUCCAAGCCUCCCACCCUGCAGACGGUAAAGGAGGAUGUCGAAGGACCUACCCUGGAUCGGCCUCUAACACCUCUGGAGAAACUCCACAUGAUUGUGGGUUACGGCAUCAUCAGAAGGGACCUCAGGGAUGAGAUUUACUGUCAGAUCUGCAAGCAGCUUCAGGACAACAAUAAUCGCAGCAGCUACUUCCGAGGAUGGAUCUUGCUCUCCCUCUGUUUGGGAGUUUUCCCUCCGAGUGAGCGUCUCAUAAGGUACCUCCAAAGUUUCCUCCGCUCUGCUCCAGGAGGCUACGCUUCCUACUGCUCUGAGAGGCUGCGUCGCACCAUCAUGAACGGCGUGCGAGGGGAGCCCGCCGCCUGGCUGGAGCUGCAGGCUACCAAAACGAAGAAGCCCAUGAUUGUGUCUGUGACUCUGAUGGACGGACGCUCCAUCAACCUGCCCGUUGACUCUGGAUCCACGUCCAAGGAGAUCUGCCAGCUCCUCUCCAACAAAGUCAAGCUGAAAGACACGUUUGGCUUUUCUCUCUACGUGGCACUCUAUGAAAAGGUGUGGGCUCUCGGCAGCAGGCGGGAACACGUCAUGGACGCCAUCUCCCUGUGUGAGCAGGAAGUGAAGAGGAGAGGAGGCCAGGAACAGCACGCCCCGUGGCGCCUCCUCUUCCGCAAGGAGAUCUUCACACCCUGGCACGACUGCCACGAGGACAAGACCAGCACGGAGCUCAUCUACAGGCAGAUCAUCUAUGGGCUGAAAUUCGGGGAGUACCAGAUGGAGAAGGAAGAUGAUUUUGUUCAGCUGGCUGCCAAGUACCUCUACAUCCAGUAUGGUUCCAACAUCUCUGCGGAGGACAUGAAAAAUGCGGUGCAGGCCUGCAUCCCCAACAAUCUGCUGGAGGCCAAGUCUGAAGCCAAAUGGGUGCAAAUGGUCAGCACAGCCCAUGCUCAGGGUUCCUAUAUGAGCUCCCAGCAAAAGGCGGAUUCCGUCAAGAUGGAGAUAGUCGACUACGCCCGCCAGAAGUGGCCCAUUUUCUUCUCCAGGUUCUUUGAGGUCAUCAAGGUGUCAGGUCCACCUCUGACCAAGAACAAGUUGAUUGUGGCCGUGAACUGGACCGGUAUCACCUUCUUGGAUGAGCGGGAGAAGAGGCUUCUGGAACUCUCUUUCCCAGAAGUCACUGGAGUCAACUCCACAAGAGGGGCGAAAGGCCCAGCCGUGUCUCUGCUGACCUUGAAGGGAGACUUCACGCUGAGCGGAUCCACAGCCGAGGACAUGGCUGAGCUGGUCACCAUGUUCCUCAGCGGGCUGACCGAGCGCUCGCAGUACGCCGUGGCGCUGAAGGAAAUGGACAAGCAAGACGAUCCCACGUUUCUCAGCUUCAAGAAGGGAGAGCUCAUCGUCAUACUGAAAGACAAUGAAUUCUCUCAGCAACGAGGAUGGAUAAACGGGCAGAAUUCCAGCACGGGAAAAACAGGGGCCGUCCCCAUGGAGGCUAUCUUAAUUCUCCCAACGCUCAGCAAACCUACUAAUGAGGUUAUGAGUCUGCUCAAUCUAUCCCCAAAUCAACGGAAGAACAUCCUGGCCAACCAGAAGGAGACGGGCACAGUGGAACGGGUGGCUCCUGUUACGCUGAAGGAGUUCUCCUUGGAAUAUUUCAGGCAGCCUGUGAAGGACGUGAACAGGCAGGUGAUGUCGAGAAACGCAGCACCCGAGAGGUUGUGGUUGAACUCCAGAGAGCCCAUCAGACUGCCCCUCCUCAAGAGACUGGUGGGCAACCCGGACCUGAGCCACCAAGCCUGCCUGGCUUUCACUGCCGUCCUCAAGUACAUGGGUGACUACCCCACCAAGCAGAUGCAGAGUCCUCUGGAGCUCACCGACCAGAUCUUCGGGCCUGCCACUGAGAACGAGGCCCUCAGAGAUGAGAUCUACUGCCAGAUUAUGAAGCAGAUGAGCAGCAAUAACAAUCGGUUCAGUAUGGAGCAAGGCUGGCAGCUGCUGUGGCUCUGCUGCGGGCUCUUUCCACCUAGCCAGUCGCUUCUGAAACACACUCGGCGAUUCCUGGAAUCGCGCCGCAGAGAGCCGCUGGCGUCCGACUGCCUGCAGCGACUGCAGAGCUCUUUGAGGAUGGAACCCAGGAAACUGCCGCCACACCAGGUGGAAGUGGACGCCAUCCAGCAGAACAGCACGCAGAUCUUCCACAAAAUCCACUUCCCCAACGACACUGGGGAGAUAUUCGAGGUGGCGACCAGCACCAAGAUCAAAGAUCUCAUCAAGAACAUCUCCGGCAAGCUGCAACUGGCUUCAGCGGAUGGCUUCUGCAUUUUCAUUAAAACGCACGACAAGGUCCACAGCCUGAAUGACGCAGACUACUUUUUUGACAGCCUGAGGCAAAUCACAGAUUGGUCCAAGAGGGCCAAACACAUUAAAGAUGCCGGGCAAGUCAACAUGCCCUAUGUGGUCUUCUUCAUGAGGAAGUUGUGGUUUAACGUGAUCCCUGGCAGGGAUGUGGAGGCUGACCUCACCUUUCACUUCCCACAGGAAGUACCCAAGUACCUGCGGGGCUACCACAUGUGCACCAAAGAGGAAAUGGUCAACAUUGCGUCUCUGCUCUUCCGCAUCAAAGUCGGCAAUGACAAGAGUCAGUUUGUGUCCAUCCCCAAGUUGCUGAAGGAGCUGGUCCCCUCCGACCAGCUGAAGGCCAUGUCUGAGAACGAGUGGAAGAAGAGGAUCGUCGCCUCGUACAACAAGCAAGAAGGCAGUGUGGAGGAGGCCAAGGUGGCGUUUCUGAAGGCGGUGUUUCGCUGGCCGACCUUCGGCUGCGCCUUCUUUGAAGUGAAGCAAACAUCCGAGUCAAACUUCCCGGACAUUGUGCGGAUCGCUAUCAGCAAGCAGGGACUGACAAUCAUCCAUCCUAAAACCAAGGAAGUGCUGGCCAACCACCCGUUCAACUGCAUCGCCAACUGGUGCAGCGGAAGCACCUACUUCCACAUGACCAUCGGCAAUUUGGUGAAGGGGAGCAAAUUCCUGUGUGAAACGUCGCUGGGAUACAAAAUGGACGACCUCAUCACCUCCUACGUCAACAUGUACAUGCAGGAGAGGAGGCUGGGCCCGAACAGGAACCAGCGCUUCAACUGAUGGCGCCCACCCUCAGGUGCUGUGUGUGGGCAAAUUAUGUAAAAAAGUGAAGCAUUACGUAAGAACCACACUAGCGUUGUGUUCCAUGACGAGGCUGAUCCUUUCACAGCAAACACGGCUGAUACAGUAUGUAUUUAUUACUUUUACUAUGCAAACGUUAUGUACAGUAUACUGUAGCCCCUUUUCCACGGAACCAGGACCAUCACCUCAUAUUGCUAAAUUGCAGUUCCUGGCCAUUCUGGAGGAACCAAAUUCGACCCACCAAACAAAAUGGGGUCAUAGGAAGCUUUUAGUUACCAGGAACUAAAUGUUCCUGGACAUUUGGUGGAAAAGGGGCUACUAUCAUUUUACUAUCUACAAAAUCAUACUACAUAUUACUACAAAACAUACUAAUUAGCCCUCGUUUAACUUGGUUAAUUGGCUGCACACCCAGAUUUCUGUGAAGAGUGAUUCCUUGUAUAUGAAUACAGGGGUUCCAAAACUCAGGACCCACUGAAAAUAAAAAAAAAUGUCCGCAGCCCACCUUUGUCCUAUAAACAGUACAUGGACGAAAUGCUGCGUUCUCAGAGCACUUAACUUAAUAAUAAUAAUAAUGACAUUUAUUAUUAUGAUUAUUAUGAUUAUUGUACCCCUUUUAUUAUUAUAUAAUAUUUAUAUUAAAAUUAAUAAUAUUAAUAUUAUCAUCGUUAUUAUUAUAUAAAUAAAAAAAUAAUAAUAAAAAUGAAAGCAGGGGGAUAAAGGAAGCCCAGUCUUUCAAUCUGUGGUGUACACACAAGACAGAAUUAAUUCUCAUACUUUUCAUAACUGCAUCCAAGACUGGCAUGAUGACCACAGAGCUACGUUCCAAUCUGUAUAAGGUUUCAAAAAUAUUGUGACAGGUCAGUAACGCUCAAUAGGUUAUUACUUAGGCCUAUAAAUAUUUUUUUAAUCAUGUAAUAAAUAUUUUACAAUGAAAAUAAUUUUAAAAAUAAUAUUUGCAAAAAUGAAUCAUAUUUAUAAUGACCUCUCAUGGCCCACCGAGGGGCCGCGGCCCACACUUUGGGAAUCACUGUAUAAAUACAUAUUUUCAGAGCCUUCUAAAUGUUUAACAUUAGUAGAGCCCUCUAGACAAAAUAACAUCCCUAGGGUCAACUUUACACUCCUAUUACCCAAUAUACUAGACAUAGCAACAGAAAAGAACACCUUUUGUCGUAAAUGUGUUUUGGGAGCUGAGUGGAAGACGGACAGGAAGUGACAUCGGGGGUUCAGAGUUGAGUAUUAGCCCGGCGUGGGUUACGGCUGUAACAGUAGCCUGUGUUAGAGAUUAUUGUGUAAAACCUGCAAUAAAAGCCAACUCUGGUGCUUGUGUGUCUCAGCCAACAUUAUAGUAACAUUACUGACACC